GCAUGGAGCGGGGCGGCUCCGCGCUGGAGCUGAAGCUCUGGGCGGCCCAGAAGAUGGGGCUGCCCCCCGCGAAGGUGCCCCCCGACGGGGCCUUCCGCCGGAUGUGCUCAGGCCAGUGUGCGGAGAUCUGGAGAUACGUCACCCGGCACGUGCACCACCAGAGGAAUGUGAAGAAGAUCCGAGGGAACUUGCUGUGGUACCAGCAUCUGGAGGAGGCAGAGGGAAGGCCCAGUGGGUCAGAACCGGAGCAGGAGCGGCGCCAGCAGCUGGCCCAGGGCGUGGCCCGCCUGCGUGGAGAGCUGCAGCAGUUAGACCUGCAGAUGGAGACGGCCCAGCGCGAGGUCAUGGCUGAUGAGGUCUCCCUGGAGGCGGCCCAGGAGCAGAUCCGUGAUGCCCAGCGCCGCUCCCUGCUGCUCAAGGCCUAUGCGGCCUGUGCAGCCAAGGAGCGCCAGCAGCUGCAGGACAGCAUAACACAGCUGAGGGGGCGGCUGGAGCAGCUGCAGGACAUCAGCAGAAAGGCCAAGGUGGAGCUGACGGUAGGAGGGAAGGUGCCUGACCUCGGCGUGGAGCCUGAAGUAUUGCGGGAUGUGCGGACGGCCUGCCAGCUGCGCUUCCACUUCCUGAAGUCGCUCUUCGAGCACAGCACGUCUGGGACCCUCCCCAGCGGGACAAGCGAGGAGCUGCUGGACGCAUCCUACCAGCACUGGCUGAGCACGGUGGAGGACAUCGUGGGUUCCCACCCUCCCAACCACGUCCUGGCAGCCCUGGAGCACCUAGCCCUGGAGAACACCCUGCAGAUGCAAGAGCUCACCAGCCGCAUUGACAUUCCCCGUGACGUGGAGGCCCUCAAGUUCCGCUACAAGAGCUCCCGCCUGGAAGACCUGGCGGGGCCGCCAGCAGCCCUGGCCUCAGUCCGGGGCCUCAUACAGGAAGGCUGGAGCAGGUGUGAGGAGCUGUGGGUGCAGCAGCUCCCCCUACAGGCCUGGGAGCGGCACAGCACGGCUGGCCUCCCUCGUGCAGGAGAUGCACCGGCUGCUGCCGGACGGCUCGGAGCGCGCCAUCCUCGCCAGGUAGCUGCCCCAGGCCUGGGAGACUCCCCGCUCCCGGCCUCACCCCUGCACAGUUGGUGACCACCCACCCCUGGGAGAACGUCCCCUGCUGGGGAGACUUCCUUGUCCCGUGGGGUCCCCCUGCGCUGUUGGGGCCCUGUGGUGAGCACCCCCUGCUGGGGAGACAU